AUGUCCAACAAGUCCCCAAUAUUUCCCAUGCCAGAACCUCAACACUUCAGCGACUAUGGCUUUGACCCACAAAUUAAUUACUUUCAGUUCUUGGAGGAAGCAAGAAAGCACAAGAGAGAGACUAUAACAGCAAGGUCUUCCGUUGACUCCUUAAAUUUCAAGCUCCAAAAACCCAUUUCAAAAGAAGAGUCUGCUAAUAGAAAGAUCCACAAAGCCAAGAAGAAGCAGAAGAAAUGGUGGAGAAAAGCUCUGUUGUUCUUUAAGUGGAAGUGGAUCCACAGUGGUCACAAAGAUGAUUAUCUUGAUCAGGAAGAUGUGCAUAAAGCAAGGGCUAGAGCUUUCAGAGCUUCAAUUUCAGGGCCUGUUUAUUUAACGGAUAGUUUAAGUGGGUCAAGUACUCCUUACAGGUCCGCUAGCAGAUCAUCUUCAGGGCCGCUAGCAGGAACCUUGACUACGGCAAGAAAAGGUGAUUUGGAGAUACCUUAUUUGAGUCUGAGGGACCUGAACAUGGAGCAGCAGCAACAGAGGAUUUCAACUUCUUCUAUGCCAAUAUAUUUGGUCACUUAA